UGCUUGAGUCUGCAUCGGAGGGCAUCAAGAAAAGACAUAGAGAUUGUCUCCUUCGAUCGAGGUCAGCCCCUGAAAAUUGAAACAAUAUUCCCUGUAGAUCCCAAUUCUGUUUAUACAGUAGAGCGUGCCCGCUUUCAUUCACUUCAAAAACACUGACGCUUGUUUGCACUACUAAUGACUUCAUAUGUUCUAAGGAAAUAACACAUCGAAACACUCCUUAGAAAAGGUCUUAUGCUUAUUACCGGUCAAUCCAACACGAACUCUUAUCCACCAGAAAAUACUAACAUGGACGAUCAAAUCCGGACAGCACUGGAGCUAGUCUCCGAAAUUAUCCAGUCUGCGCUCUUCUUCAUUUUUGUGUACGGCGUAAAAGCCAUCAAAUUCAUCGCCAACGUUGCAGAUAAAGCAAAGGCGGAUGAAAACUGGCUCACCAGACUCGCAAUAACUUGUUUCAUUAUACUCAUCUCUCUCCAGGCCAUACGGAUGGCAUAUCGAGGGGUUAUGUUUUGGAUCAGGUUCUUCUUCAAAUUUGCAGUCUCCUUGGGAUCGAUCGCAGUCAUGGUCUGGUUGUGGAGUCGCGGUUUCGAUGGUGCUUGGGAGGACUUGCUCAUCCUCGCUGACUUCUGGACGGAGCAGUAUCAACAGAUGCAGAAUCAAGCAAAAGCAAACAGGGCGUUAUAUGAGCUAUUGCAGAGCACUAGAGACGCUUUUGUCAGUGAACGCCAACGCAUGGAGCGCAUGCAAGUGGGGCGUCCGUAGUGAACAGAGGUGAUGCAAAGCUCCCAAGUUACAUGGAGUCGUCAUCUCUUUGGGAACUGGUCGAUGUCUCCGUCAAAACAGAACCUGAACAUUCUGUGAUGAUGAUUUGGUUGCUUGCAUUUGGCCGGGCAUUGGACUUGGCAAGAUUAUUCAUCCCGACUACUUUACUAAUGCAAGGGAGCGAUGAUAUUGACUAUUUGUACGAUAUCGUCAACGCCGACAUUUGGAGAGCAAGUUUAAAACUAAGCUACCAGCGCCCGACGAAAGUAUCGGGAAGCCUCAAUAUUGGGGUUUUAAGGAGGCAGCGAGACAAAGCACUUGUAAUAUUUCUUUCGUUUGGUUUCGAACUGGAGUUGCUGUGUUUCUGGCAGCAGCAGUUAGUGCUUGAAGUUAGAUCUGGACAAUCCACGACUUAUAGAAGCAAACUGAAUUGUAUUCCUCCAUUUUUGAACCCU